AUGCAAGUAUCAAAGAAACUUUUUACUUCGUUGAUGUCACAAGUGGUAACCACAAUUACAAGGAGUUACAGAGUGACUGUUGUGGGAGGUUCAAGUGAACUUGGACAAACGGUAUGUCUGCUGUUACGAGCUCAACCUUCGAUCACCAGGCUAAACGUUCACGACACUCUGAUUCAAACACCAGGGGUUAUAUUAGAUCUAUCGCAUAUUCCAGCAGAAUCGUACCUAAAAGGUUAUGUCGGAGAAGAGACCUUAGAGAGAGCAUUAAAAGGUUCAGACAUUGUAAUAGCCGCCGGAGGACUAGUCAACCGACCAGGUAUAUCAAACGAGGCAUGGAUGGCUACAAAUACAAAUUUUAUAAAAAUGCUCGUUCGCAAGGUAGCGAAGAUAUCUCCUUUACCAAUGGUUGGAAUUCUCACAGACCCGGUGAAUGUUCUUGUACCCAUGGCAGCAGAAGUCAUGAGAAAUAGCGGGGAGUACGACGCCAAAAAGUUGUUUGGGAUCACAACUGUGGACCAUCUCAGAGCGCAAUCCUUAUACGCUACAGAAAACAAUUUGCCAGCACGGGGCUGCAUAGUGCCUGUUAUUGGUGGACGAUCGGGGAAAACGGCGAUUCCCCUACUGUCUCAGGCCAAGCCAAAAUGCCAGAUGAACGAGAAAGCUAUCCAGGAGUUUACGUCGAAGUUUCAGAAAUGCGAUGAAAACAUUAGGGAGGCAAAGAAAGGUUGGUCGGCCUCGUUGUCUGUUGCUUACGGCGCGCUAAUGUUCACUCGCUCCAUAAUCGACGCUCUGGACGGACGACCGGCCAAAGUGGCUGCGUUUGUGGAAAACAACGACUUCGGUAGUCAUUACUUUUCGGGCACUAUCAACAUUAACCACCAUGGCGUUACCGAUAUGCAGAGGUUCACUGACCUAUCUGAAUACGAAUGCCAUUUACUCGAACGCAGUAUCGCGCAAAUUAGACAAGACGUUUUAAAAGGAAAGAAGAUUUUAGAGCUGGCGUAA